AUGCGCGGUGUGAAUCGCGAGUCGCGCGAGAUAACGCUGGAGAACGCGAAGCGGCGGAUCAGCAGCAUGGCCGGCUCGCUGGGCCUGACCGCCCACCACACCGAGUCGGCCUUCCGCCUCUUCCUCCUCGCGCUCCAGCACAACUUUGUGCGCGGCCGCAAGUCCGAGUACGUCAUCUCCUCCUGCCUCUACGUCGUCUGUCGACGAGAGAAGACCGCCCACAUGCUUAUCGAUUUUGCGGAUGUGCUGAACGUGCCGCUGUACUACCUGGGCCACACGUUCCUGGACUUUUGCUCGCUGCUCAACCUGCAGCUGCCGGUGAUCGACCCCUCGCUCUACAUCGAGCGGUUCGCGGCCAAGUUGGGCUUCGGCGACAAGACCCACGCGGUGGCCAACACCGCCCUCCGCCUCGUCCAGCGCAUGCGCCGCGACUGGAUCAUCACCGGCCGACGACCCGCCGGCAUCUGCGGCGCUGAUCUGCUCUGCAGGUGGCUCGUGCUGGUCGACGCAGCAGCGCUGGCAGCAAACACGCCAAUCGACUUGACAAAGUAUCCGGCCGACUUAGUGGUGACAUCGUUCUACAAAAUCUUUGGUCACCCGACGGGCAUCGGAAUUGCACGCAUCUGCGAUUCAGAAAGCGCCGCACUGUUAAACAAGGCCUUCUUCGGAGGCGGAACCGUGGAGGCGUCGCUUAGCACGGAGAGGUACCACGUGCUGCGGAAGUCUGCCUCAGAGCGGUUCGAAGAUGGCACGGUUCCGUUCACCAGCAUCGUGGCGCUAAAGUUCGGCCUCGACACCCUAUUGGAGGGACCUGCGCCUGGAGGGAUGGCCAACAUCCAGCGACACACGUUUUGCCUUGCGCAGUAUCUCCACGCCCAGCUGGCCGAGCUUCGCCACUACAACGGAGCUCCCGCUGCCGUGAUCUACGGUCGGCAUCACCUCAAGGACUCAUCCCAACAGGGUCCGAUAGUGGCCUUCAACCUGCGCAAGGCGUCGGGAGAGUGGGUGGGCUACAAGGAGGUCGAGCAGUUGGCGGGGAUGGAGAACAUACACAUACGGACGGGCUGCUUCUGCAAUCCCGGCGCCUGCCACUACUAUCUGGGCCUCACGUCCGCCGAAGUCAAGCAAAACCUUGCGGCUGGUCAUGUUUGCUGGGACGGCCACGACGUAAUGAAUGGGAAACCCACCGGCGCCAUCCGGGCCUCGAUCGGUUACAUGACUUCCUGGGAGGAUAUCGACACCUUUUUGAGCUUUCUUAAAAAGUAUUUCGUGGAGACUGCGCCUGUGCUGGCCACCGUUGGAGCUCUGAGUUCAGAGGCGCACAAGGAGCUUGACCUCCGCCUCUCGGGGCUGUUCGUCUAUCCAAUCAAGUCUUGCAAAGGGUUCGAGAUCAGCGGCGAGUGGGAAAUAGGAGAUCACGGAUUUGUAUAUGACAGGGAAUGGAUGAUUGUAGAUGAGAUGGGGUCCGGUAUCAACCAAAAGAAGGUGAGCAAGCUGUGUCAGAUUCAGCCUUUGGUGGACAGGGAGCAGGGAAAGCUGCAUAUCGAUGCGCCUGGAAUGGAGCGCCUAUCGCUUGACCUUGACCGCUUCCCUGAUGAGGAAAUUGCGCUGGACGUGCCGGUGUACGGCGACGAAGAGGUGAAAGAAUGGUGCACCCUGGUGCGCAAAUCCCCAACCAAGCUACGCAAGGCUGGCCGGAGCCGGGGCGGACAGACGGAGGACGAAGCGGUACGGGCUUAG